AUGAAAGUACUAUGUGUGGCAGAGAAGAAUUCUAUAGCAAAAGCAGUUUCACAGAUUUUAGGAGGAGGAAGAACAACUUCACGGGAUUCCGGCUACAUGUAUGUGAAAAACUAUGACUUCAUGUUUAGUGGGUUUCCGUUCGUCAGGAAUGGAAGCAACUGCGAAGUGACCAUGACUAGCGUUGCAGGACACCUAACAGGCAUUGAUUUCGGCCAUGAUGCAUAUGGAUGGGGGAAGUGCGCCAUCCAAGAGUUAUUUGAUGCGCCACUGAACGAGAUUAUGAAUAACAACCAAAAGAAAAUAGCAAACAACAUCAAGCGCGAAGCCAGAAACGCUGACUAUCUAAUGAUAUGGACAGAUUGCGACCGAGAAGGAGAGUACAUAGGCUGGGAGAUAUGGCAAGAGACCAAGCGAGGCAAUAGGCGCAUACAAGACGAUCAAGUUUAUCGAGCAGUCUUUUCACAUCUGGAAAGACAACACAUAUUAAACGCAGCUAGAAAUCCAAGUCGAUUGGACAUGAAGAGCGUGAAUGCUGUGGGAACACGGAUCGAAAUUGACCUUCGAGCAGGCGUUACGUUUACCAGACUCCUGACAGAAACACUACGAAAUAAACUAAGAAGCCACGGCGGUAGCAAGAACGAUUCUCAAGUUGUGUCCUAUGGUACGUGCCAGUUUCCGACGCUCGGAUUUGUAGUAGACAGAUUUGAAAGAAUACGAAACUUCGUUCCUGAGGAAUUCUGGUACAUCCAAUUAGUCGUUGAUAAUAAGGACAACGGCGGAACAACAACAUUUCAGUGGGACAGAGGCCAUCUGUUUGACCGGCUAAGCGUGCUGACGUUCUACGAGACAUGCAUUGAGACCGCGGGCAACGUUGCCAAAGUCGUAGACUUAAAAUCAAGGCCUACAUCAAAGUACAGACCAUUGCCCUUAACCACAGUCGAGCUGCAAAAAAACUGUGCCCGCUAUCUGCGGCUCAACGCCAAACAAUCACUAGACGCUGCGGAAAAGCUAUACCAAAAGGGAUUCAUAUCGUAUCCCAGAACAGAAACUGAUACUUUCCCACAUGCAAUGGACUUGAAAUCCUUAGUGGAAAAACAAGCACAGUUGGAUCAAGCUCCUACAGGAAGCGCCAAAACCGCAUGGGCACCCUACGCGGCAUCACUGCUCCUACCUGAAACCACAAGCAACAACAAAUUCAAGUUCCCACGAAGCGGCUCUCAUGACGAUAAGGCACAUCCCCCAAUCCAUCCCAUUGUGAGCCUGGCACCUGAAGCAAAUGUCUCGCCUGUGGAAAGAAGAGUAUACGAAUACGUAGCCAGGCACUUUCUAGCAUGCUGUUCAGAGGACGCCAAGGGCCAAUCCACAUCUCUGGUUUUGGACUGGGCUGCUGAACGUUUCACCGCCUCAGGCCUAGUCGUCCUCGAGAGAAACUUCCUCGAUGUUUACCCUUGGGCUCGCUGGGAAACCACCAAGCAGUUGCCGCGGCUUGAGAUGAAUGCUCUCGUAGACAUCGCGAAGGCCGAAAUGAAAACAGGUACUACGGCCCCACCUAAGCCGAUGACCGAGAGCGAACUCAUUCUCCUCAUGGAUGCGAACGGCAUCGGCACUGAUGCCACUAUUGCAGAACACAUAGACAAGAUCCAAGUCCGCAAUUACGUUACCAGCGAAAAGGCAGGCAAGGAAACCUACUUACAGCCAACUACUCUGGGCGUCUCACUAGUGCACGGCUUCGAGGCCAUCGGCCUCGAAGACUCCUUCGCAAAGCCGUUCCAGCGCAGAGAAAUGGAACAAGAUCUCAAAAAAAUUUGCGAAGGUCAUGCCUUUAAGGCUGAGGUUGUGAAGGACAUUGUGGAAAAGUACAGAAAGUAUUGGCACAAGACGAAUGCAUGCAAGAAUACUCUAUUGCAAAUCUAUGACCAUGUAAAGGCAUCCAUGUAA